GACAUAAAAAGCCACAACAAAAACAAAGCUCGUCUUUGCUACUAAACAGAGACGAGUCGAGGCUGAGCGAAAGAGACAGUCGAGUGGAUUGAGCUCUCAGAGUUUCGUCCAUGGCUGCUGCUUGGCUCGCGGUGGCUCCUCUUCCGGUGGUAUCGCGUCUGCUUACGACGAAGCCGCGCUUGAAGCUGCUGCUGCUAGCGUCUCCAACACUGGACAAGAAGCUACAUUCGCCUGGCAAGUCAUGGCGAGGGACCUGCGCUCUCUUCGGGGGCGAUGGAGGAAGCAGCAGCAAGGAGAAGAGAAAGUUCAUAACCAAGGAAGAGGAACCGGAAGAGUACUGGCAAUCGGCCGCCGAGCGUGAAGGUAGAGGGCCAAUGUCGACGCUGUUGCCAUACAUCGUCAUAUUUGGCUUCUCCACUCCCUUCGUUAUCCUGGCGCUGGGAUUUGCCAAUGGCUGGAUCAAAAUCCCUGUGAGGUGAUAGAGAAGUGAUUAGUUAACAAAGUAAUGGGUGUUUAAUUAAAACAAAACUUUCACUAUA